UUGAGUGCUUUGCUUGUUGAAUUGAGGAAGUACAGAAAAGCAAUAGGUUACACUCUAGAUGAUAUCAAGGGGAUCUCCCCUGACCUAUGCAUCCAUAGGAUUCAUCUAGAGGAUGAAAGGUGUUGCAGAGGUGUGAGGAGACAAUCUAGUACUCAACUGGGAGAAGUGCCAUUCAUGGUUCGAGAAGGGAUUGUGCUUGGACACAAGAUUUCCGAGAAAGGGAUCGAGCUCGAUCGAGCUAAGGUGGAUGUCAUGUUGCAGCUCCCUGUUCCCAAGACUGUGAAGGACAUCAAGGAGUUUUCUGGGUCAUGCAGGGUUCUACAGAAGAUUCAUCAAGGAUUUCUCAAAGAUAGCAAGACCCUUGACAAGGCUUCUGUGCAAGGAGACAGAUUUUGA